AUGUUUAAGGGUAUUCGACUAAAACGCAAACCAUCGGCUCUUUCACUUGAAAGAAAACGAUGUUCGCCAAAAUGUCGACUAUUUCAGCGAACAGAACCACACUUUGUUGAAAUUCCUCCAAUUGAUCAAAUUAAAAGAAAUGCAAUGAAAUUAAAAAAUUUUUGCAAAUCUGAUUUGAGGAUUGUUGAUAUUUUGCCCAAUUUGAAUUCAACAUCCACUGCUGGAACUCAGACAUGUGUUUCCACUGCAUCUGAAGCAAUACAAACUGUAAAUUCAAUUGAAAAUUCACUGAAUUCGGAAGACACUAAAGGUGAUAACAAUCUCAAAUUAAGGGGUCCAAAAGUCAAGGAUCUUGUUCACACACUUGAAGCUGAAUUGGGCAAUAUGCAUCUUUUUCCAAAGCUUCGACACAAUUCUGAUUGCACUGUAAAUGAGGAAGUAGAAAUCGAACCGAGAGUCACUCGCAAAGGGUACAGUUUGGAUGAGGAUUUACAAACCGCUACGGAGAAGCUGAUAAAGGAGCUGGAACGAUUGCAUAGUCAGGGUAAAUAUCCCACUAUGGAAAAAUCAAGUAAUAUUGAAGAGGGGUUUGCGGGUGACCAAACCAAUAAUUGCUGCGUGAAACCAAAUCAAGAAAAAGCGUACUAUAAGAGAUUGCCUAAAAGGGCACAUUCAGAGAGAUGUGCAACCUUUUACUACUACACAAAUAAUGAUAAUUCUACUGGGUCUGAGGAAUAUGAUUGGCUGGAGGAGAUACGAAAAGUUGCUAACGAUAAAACUUUGACACCUCAGCAACGGGAAAAAGAACUUGAUCAAAUCGCCGACUUGUUAAUUAGACAAAGGAAUGGACUAUCAUAG